CUGGAAGCUCGUCGGCGCCCGGCCGGCGCCGCCGCCUCCACCGCCGCCUUGUAGCGAUGCCGCUGGGCCGGCGCGGCGCCCGCAGCAGAAGCGGCGGGGGCAGCAGAGCAGCCAGGCCAGGCCCGAGUCGUCCCCAGCCCGGAGAAGGGAGCGCGAGGGGAAGCGCUUGACCUCUGCGGGGAGCGCCUCUGCGCGGCGUUAACCUGCCCUCGCCCCGGGCGAAGCGCUGCCUUUCCCCCGGGCGGGCUCUAUGCGCGCGUGCGUCGGGCGGAGCGACCCGCUUGAUUAGCCGAACCGGAGCGCGGGGCGCCCGCCUGCGGAGCGAUGAAGAAGUUCUUCGACUCUCGGCGAGAGCUGGGCGGUUCUGGUGCCGGUUCGGGAACGCUCGGAGGCGGCGGCGGCAGCACCGGGCCCGGGAGCGGAUACAUCGGCCGGGUUUUCAACAUUGGGCGGCACCAGGUGACUGUCGAUGAAGUCCUGGCGGAAGGUGGCUUUGCUAUUGUGUUUCUGGUGAGGACCAGCAACGGGGUGAAGUGUGCCCUCAAGCGCAUGUAUGUCAACAAUGAACACGACCUGCAAGUCUGCAAACGGGAGAUUCAGAUCAUGAGGGAUCUUGUGGGCCACAAGAACAUUGUCGGAUACAUCGACUCCAGUAUAAACUCUGUGAGCAGCGGGGACGUAUGGGAGGUCCUCAUCCUGAUGGAUUUUUGCCGAGGAGGCCAGGUGGUGAACCUGAUGAACCAGCGCCUGCAGACAGGAUUCACCGAAAGCGAGGUCCUGCAGAUCUUCUGCGACACCUGCGAAGCUGUGGCCAGGCUCCACCAGUGCAAGCUGCCCAUCAUCCACAGGGACCUGAAGGUGGAGAAUAUCCUGCUGCACGACCGUGGCCAUUACGUCCUGUGCGACUUCGGAAGCGCCACGAACAAAUUCCAGAAUCCACAGCUCGAGGGAGUGAAUGCGGUGGAAGAGGAGAUCAAGAAAUACACCACACUUUCCUACAGAGCCCCCGAGAUGGUCAACCUGUAUAGCGGGAAGCUGAUUACUACGAAAGCUGAUAUCUGGGCCAUGGGGUGUUUGCUGUACAAACUCUGCUACUUCACUUUACCGUUUGGGGAGAGCCAGGUGGCCAUUUGCGAUGGGAACUUCACCAUUCCCGACAACUCGCGCUACUCCCAGGACAUGCACUGCCUCAUCCGAUACAUGCUGGAACCAGAUCCAGACAAGAGGCCCGAAAUCUACCAGGUCUCCCAUUUUGCAUUCAAGCUCACGAAGAGGGAGUGUCCAGUCCAGAACAUUCAGAAUUCUCCCCUCCCUGCCAAACUUCCAGAGCCAGUGAAAGCUAGCGAAGCUGCGGCUAAGAAGAGCCAGCCGAAAGCCAGGCUGACGGAUCCUGUUCCCACAACGGAAACAUCCAUCACUCCACGCCAAAGACCGAAAGCCGGGCAGACGCAAACUAACCCGGGAAUCCUGCCUAUUCAACCUGCACUGACUCCUCGAAAGAGACCGACGGUGCCAGCGAAUGUUCAGGCCCAGGCGGCAGCUCCGGUGCCCCUGCCCGGCGGCCAGCCCUCCCUGCCCGCGAGUCUCCCACAGCCAAAGGCUCUGCCUCAGCAGACUCCACCGCUCCCGCAAGUGCAGCCCAAGCUGCAGCCCGACCCAGCGCAGCCCCCGGCCCCCGCGGCACAGCCCCCGGCCCCCGCGGCACAGCCCCCGGCCACCCCGCAGCACCAGCUCUUCCUGAAGCAGCAGCAGCAGCAGCAGGCGGCAGCCCUGCCCGCGGCCUUUUAUCAGCCGCUUCCGCCAGGGCAAGUCCCACAGCCGCCGGCGGUGCAGUCCCUGGGGAAGGCACCCUUCCCAGCGGCGCAACAGGGAGCAGCGGCGCCCGCCACGCAGCCCUCAGCGGCACCGCCGAACUUCAUGCAGCAGCUGUUGGUGCAGAAAGCAGCCUCCGGGCAGCAGAAGCUCCCCGUCCCGACUGCACCCCAGCCGCAGGCAGCCCCCGUACAGGAGCACCCGCAAGCACCUCCACGGCAGCAAAAGGUUUCCCCGAACCCUCCCUCAGCAGUUCAGGGGCAGAAGAUGGGCUCGCUCACCCCCCCGUCCUCCCCCAAGGCCCAGCGGGGCGGCCAUCGGAGGAUCCUGAGCGAUGUGACGCACAGCACGGUCUUCGGCGUCCCGGCCAGCAAGUCCACGCAGCUCCUGCAGGCGGCUGCCGCUGAGGCCAGCCUCAACAAAUCCAAGUCUGCCUCUACGACACCCUCCGGGUCGCCUAGGACCUCGCAGCAGAACGUCUACAACCCGCCCGAGGCUUCCACAUGGAACCCAUUUGAUGACGACAACUUCUCCAAGCUGACGGCCGAAGAGCUGCUCAACAAGGAUUUCGCGAAGCUGAGUGACGGUAAACCUCCUGAGAAGCUUGGAAGUUCAGAGAAUCUGAUCCCAGGUUUUCAGGCAGCACCUUCUGCAGCACAGGCAGAUGCGUUCGGAUCGCCUUCCCUUGCGCCGGUGCCAGCUGAAAAAACAAAAGAUAUCCUGGACUCCAGCCCUCCACAUCUGGCUGUUCCUGAUCCUUUCAUUCCUCUUCCACUGUCAGAUACACCAGAAAAACUGAUUGAGGGCCUCAGAUCUCCUGAGCCUGCACUUCUGCUCCCUGAUAUCCUGCCGCUUGCCGACCCCUUCGGUAGCACCUCUGACGCUGUGAAUGGAAAAGCCGACCUGACGGCCGAGAGCCUCAUCCCAGGCCUCGAGGCUCCUGUGGCGCAGCGUGUGUCCUCACAGACUGCGGAGUCCGGGGCCGCAAGCAGAACAGAUUCUUUUACUGGGGAGGACUCCCUGCUAGACUGCUCUCUUCUUUCUAACCCUGCUGCCGACCUUCUGGAUGAGUUUGCUCCUUUAGCCAUUUCGUCCCAACCUCACAAAGAAGAUACUAACCUGAUAUCGGGCUUUGAUGUCCCUGAGGGCUCUGAAAAAGUGGCAGAAGAUGAGUUUGACCCCAUCCCUGUGUUGAUAUCCAAAAAUUCACAAGGUCUGCAGGGAGACGCAACGGGGUACUUGGCCGUCAAUGCUCAGCAGGGGCGAGGAGGACCACCGGCGCUGGGCUGCUUCCCGCCAGACCAGCAGCAGCAGGGAGACCCCGACUGUCUGGCGAGGGACGGUCCCUCCAGCAACAGCUCCUUCCACAGCAGCGAGGGGGAAGGGACAGACCACGAGGGAGACAUCCUGGACUGCAGUGGAUCCAGGCCGCUGCUGCUGGACUCCGAAGAGGAAGAGGAGGCUUGCAGGAUGAACCUGCAGCUUCAGGAAAGGGGCAGGGCCUCCCACGAAGGCUUGGCUCCUCAGCUGCCCCCGAGUGGUCCCCAGCCGCCACCUGGGGAAACCCUGGACGAGAGAGACGUCUUCGCCACGGCCCCUUUCCGAAGUUCCAGACCCCUCUGUGACGACUUGGACAUCUUCGCCAAAGCACCCUUCCUCUCCAGGAGUCCUGGGUGUGCCAAGCAGCUGGAUGAGGGCGACGUGUUCCUUCGCGCUCCGUUCACUAAAAGGAAGAGCCAGGAGGAGCUGGCGUCCUGCACGGCGCUCAGGGACUCUCCUGCCACGGUGGCCUGCCUUGCCCAGCAUGCGUGCGGCCCUGUGUUCCAGAGCCAGGCGGCAGCCAGGCCCGGCCCCUGGCUCCCUCAGGCCCAGCACUCCGUGGCUCCCUUGGGGCAGCCGCCCGGCGUUCCCCCGGGUUCCGAAAGGGCACACGAAGGCCCAGGUGCUGCUCUCCCCAAAGAUGCCCUGGGAGAGCUGGGUGGCAUCGCGGUGGACCCCCUCCAGGGACACGCACGGGGUCCGAAGGCCGGCAAGCCUUUCCGCCUGCAGGCGUUAGCGAGAUACUCGCGGCACUACAGCCCGGAAGCUGCUCUGCGCGACUCUGCCCAGCCGAUCGCGGCUUACAAGGUGGUGUCGCAGACCAACAAGCAAGCCAUCGCCGGGUCGGUGUCCAUCGCCUCUCUUUCCUCCAGAACUAAAGAGCUGCCUGGUUCUGACCCAUUUGCUUCUGCACCCUUUCCUUCCAAACUGGGAAGGCAGAAGCCAUAAAUGGUGUGACAGGGUAUUAUGGGUUUGCAUAUACUGCUCUUUUAGAGAACUUAGAAGUCAUUAGAUGGAAUACACUCCUAUAUAUAUAUAAUGUCAAAACUCCAGUUGCUGUGAUACUCACUUUAUUCACCUGGCGUUGUUGGGUUUGGGCUUUGAACUGCAAGACAAUGGAAGUUUUCUCAUGGCACUGCAUAGAUCCUGGCCUCCCACACUCCUGUGUCCUCCCUACUGGGGGGAUAAUUAUUUAAACCAGUAGUUACAAGGUGAAUAUAUUGGAUAUAACUAAUUACCUCGUGAUAUUAGCAUCCACUAAGGAUUAAAAGAGUAUAUCAACACUACAAGAAUGUUCCAGGAAAAAACGGUACCCAGCUAGAAGAUAAUUUAAUUUUUCCAACCAGGAGGGAUGCUGUAAGAGAGGAUUAAGUCAACUUUUCUAGUUGCUAAUGACCCUUGCCUUCGAUGCCAUAACCACCCACUUGAAACAGAAGCCUUGUUCUGCAGCGUGUCUGCUGUUGCUGGAAUUUGGUUUUCUUUAACCCAAAAUCCAUUGGAAGAACGGCACCCUGACUGACUUGAGUUACAGUGCUGUGCAUGCUUGCCUGAAGAGAAGACAGAGGACCUGGUACUGGGCACUUCCAGAGGGAUUUUCGGGGAGAUGAUUACGGAAAAGCAGUGAACUUGAGAACCUCGGCAGUGGAAGGGAGGGCCUGGCAUGGCAACCCUUGGCUGGCCUUUUGCCUGUGCGUCAGCUUGGAACCUAGAAGAGGUUAGUCGAAAAAGACCUCAAGGUGACCUCCUCACUGGGCCGGCCAAGAUGACAUCCCUGCUCAGUGCAGUGUUGCAGUGUCUUGCUUUCACUGCCUGUCCAUCCUUUCCCCACUGACUUGGUGCCCGAGGGCUCCCUGUACGUCUGCCCCAGGGCCCCCAUGACCUGCAGGUAGCUCUGGAGGAGGGUUCUGGGGUGCUCAAGAGUUACCCAAACUGGUUGCCACCCAGCCUCUUGGUCCCCCCGUGGUCCCAGGUGGAAUGCGGGUGCCCUGGACAUGUCCACUGAUCCUGCCUCGUGGCUGUAAGUGGUCUUUCAGCAGAAUUUGUCCAGCACCACUAUUACUAUUCUUAUUCCCUGCCAGAAGGAGCAGAGGAAGGGGCCUUCUGCUGAGCGAGAGGGACCAUCCCGCUCAAUCCGGCCAGCAUGGAGAGGAAGCCCAUGCAGGCCAGCCAGCGGAUCCUGGGUACCCAACCUGGGGCCACCUCUGUGCAAAGCAUUCCAAAGAAUACCGGGCUCUGUGGAACACGGCUUGCAAGCCGCCAAGAACCCCGUCCAUCUGCUGUCGCUGUCCCUGCCUGCCCUGUGCCCCCUGCGGUGCAUUCCUGGAGGGGAAGGGGGGCCUACCUCAGGCUCCUGCCCCUGCCCGCCAGGCUCAUGUGCUCACAGCCUGCUCCCAGUACCUGCACAUCAGGUGCACACUCUGGCAGGAGGCACACCCAGCCUGCCUUUCCGGAGCUGCAGCGCCUGUGCUCCAAAGGGGUCUGCAAGGCCAGUGAGCGUGUGGACCUUCAGGUCAGAGCAGCAAGUGGCGUUCCCCCCUCCACGGGUGUGUGGCGUACCCAAGGCGGGAAGGGAUGGGGGAAAGGGGGGGGGUCAGCCUCCUGCAGUCUGGUGCCCUCCAGAACUACAGCCCCCACCACUGAUCAGUGAUGAUGGGAGUUGGAGUCCAAGCUGUCUGAAGGCCACCAGAUUGGAGAAGACUGCUACAGGGCAUUCACAGGUUGUGUUCUGUACACACCUGAACUAAUGAACCAAACUUCUCGUGCAGUUUUCUUCAUGGUAUGUUUGGAGUUGAGUGUUCAGCAAGCCCUUAUUUUCGUUGUGUAUAUGUGGGGGAAAGAGCUUUGUGUCCAUAGUGGUUAUUUUUUUUAAAGAAGGCAUGCCAUAUCUCAUGCUGUGAUCAAGAGAUAGCCGUGGUGCAUGUGAUUCUGAUCUUAAUCCUGCUGAACUCAGCAUGUUUUGACGGCUUUUGGUAGCUGUGGACCUCUUUCUACAAAAGCAUCAACUGACAAACGAUACACUCGGAAGUGUUCCUCGCCUGCUGUUUAACCAAGGACAAUCUUGACAGACAAUCCCAAAACCUGAUGCUUCGCAGAACUGACUUGUGAAGAAUCCUUGUGGAAUGUAGAAACUGAAGGCAAAUCGAUGCCCGACUGUCAAUGUUACGCACUGUGCCUUUUUGCCUGGGUUGAGGGGCAGAGCAGAGGGAGAAGGCGUCAUUACACCGUUACCAGCUCAAAGUGGCCAGGUUCAGACAUUCAGAAGCAUCCUGCUAGCUAUGUUUCCUGAACACUCCUGUCCGACUGAACAAGGUGCAGCUGUAUCUCUGUGAGUCCAGAGUGAAUUUAGGGGUCUGAUCCGUGGAACACAAUCCUGCGCAGUCCAGGGAAUGAAGUAAAUGGUUGACUGCAUAGGAGAAUGGAGGCCUUGCAUGACCCUCAUCCAUUUUAAAGGGGUUUGUGCAGGAGAAUAUUGUAACGGGUUGUGCCUGGUGUCACUCCAUCGGAGAAGAAAGUUCCUUUAGCUUUUCUCCUCCAGGCACCAAAACAUCUCGGGCAAGGUCUGGCUGUGCAUACCAAUCAUCUUUUUCUUCAGAUUUUUUAUGGUAUCCUGGUGUGUUACAUGCUGGAUGGGAGUGGGGUCUAAUCGCAGGAGCUCUCGGGGUGACCCUCUCCCGUGAAAAGCCUGCCUCAAAGCUCCCCGGCUUUGAAAGGGGCCCUGCUGUAUUAGAACUCUCUUUCAGCGGUACUUUCAAAGGAACUCUUAGCACUUUGUCACCACAAACAAGCAUUCAGAGGGUGGCUUGAGACAGAGGAAAGAGGACUGAGAGUUUUGCGGAGACUAUUUUUUAAAAGUUGUAAAAUGGAUAUGCAUUCAUUGUAGUUUGGGAGUGAUUGCACUUUUAACAUGGCAGUCAAAAGCCUUUCUCGGUCAAGAUUGUAAACAGGAACCAAAGCAAAUUCAGCUCCCUGGGAAAGAUAGAAUUGUAGCUUGCUAAACUUUUGAGUACAGGAGAGGAAUGUCUGCUCCAAGCGGGCAUUCGCAAGGCCUCCCCCGUGAGUCUGCGUUGGGCCCUAGGAACUGCCUCUUCUAUAGCAGCAGCAUUAGGCUGGUGAAGUGCCUCUGAGCAUGUGUAAAAGGUCCUUUGCACAAGCUGCCAUGCUUCUUGCUUCCAUGGUCAGGGCUUAGGGUUUCCUGGAAAGCAUGAGCUCUGGAUAGCCCUCCUUUUAUGAAUUAAAGCAUGGCUUUUGCCAUUCACUGCUGUCAAUGCAAUCCUGGCUUGUAAAGAAUGAGGACUGGUGGCAAGUUUGGCCAAGAGACACGGUGAGCCCCAUCCACACGGUCUUGGCUGCACCUUCCUCCUCUCCAACCUCCUCUCCAACAGGUGUUGGUGCUUUUCCUGAUUUUUGUCCAUUUAAUGUUUAAAGCCAGCUUUUGCUGUAGAAGUUUGUACAGCCAAAAAUGGCCUGUAGGAAGAAACAAAGAGGAAUCCGGUGCAGUUUGGUAAUAGUGGCAUCUCCUGGGUUGGACAGGAGAGAAUCCUUCUAAGCACAUGCAUAUGCAAAGUUUGGCACCUCCAUUGUUGCAAGAUGGAGCUGAAAGACCAUCUUUAUGGGGGGGUGGUCUUUAAUUAUGCUUGAGGACUAUCUUCUGUGUUGGACAGGUUUUUCUUUGCAGAGCAAAAUCUUUAGGAAGCACAGUAUGAGAUGUUCUCUUUGAGAUGUUUUUCCACCCCAUUAAUUUGAAAACGUACUGUGUGACCUUUGGAGUUUCCGAAGUAUUUUGUCAGCAUGCUCUGUUUGAAAAAAUAGGAAUGGGGAAGAAUUCAUGUUUGCACUGUUGUACUUCUCAAGUAAAAUUAAGAGACAGAAUAUGGUGGCAGCCCGCCAGCUUUGAACUCUCAGCUCGUGAAGUGCGUAUCCCAUGGAGGCUUGACCACAUCAGCGCAUUAGUGAAAUCCACGGGAAUUUUCUUUUUCUAACCCAGUGGCAAACCACAUGCGCUGGCCCAAUUCUGGCCCUGUGGGUGGCAGCCAUGGCACUGCUGCAGUCCACCCCGAGCGCGCUUCAAUCAUGUCACCCCACCCAGGUAUAUAUCUGCAAUGAUCAGAUAAAUGGAGCAUGCAAUUGGCGUUUGGUACUCCAGAGCUGUACAGACGGCGGCGAUCCAAACCUCGGCGGCUCCAGCGCUCAUAGGGAUGAAGGGCCGCCGUUCCCCUCAUGAUCUGAGAAUGCACUGACACAGUCCUUGAAAAGCCGACGCGGUUGCCAUGCGCUGCAUUCUUCCCAUGUUUCCGGGAAGCGGUUCAGUCAAUCUGAGGACCGACAUAUAGGCAUAACAUUUCCACCUAAUAUAUCAUUGUCUUGGAGCAUGGAAUUAGAGCUGGAACCAAAUAGUGAUAUGGAAAUAUACCACAGUCCGUCCAUUUUUCCUUCCUUCCUGGCAUAAUAAAGAUUCCAUGAUUUCUCCUGCUCUGUUUUGUAGAAGUGGCAGGUUUAGACACUCUAUAAUUCAGUGAGCUCGGGGGAUCGUGCUCUCGCUUGUGCAGCUUCACGCUGCUACAGGCGUCCAGGAAGAAUUGCACAAGGGCUUCCCAGCAGGUGCAGGCGCAGCCGCAGCAUGGGGGUUGCAUGGUGUGUGCGUUGUGUCUGAACCCUGCGUCCCUCAUCCCCAGCACUGCUGUUGUCACAGGGAAUGCGGACAACUCGGAGCGUCUGGCGUGCCGGUCCACCUUGGCCCCCUUUCCACAGGCCGAUGUGUUCAGACUCGUCCAGUGGCGUGCUGCCGAGGAUAGCAACUGGUAUCUUGGGUUGGGCCGUCAUUCAAGGGAUGGUGCCUUUGGUCACCUCCUCCCCUUUCGCUCUUUCCCUUCCUCCAGUGGAAGAGACCAGCCCCAGGAAGGCCUGCGGCAUGCUCCUGAACGGCUGUCGCAUCGCACCCCAGUUCAGCAUCUCCUGCAAAGCCCAGUUUGUGCCUGGCUGGGAGGUGGCGAGUGUCUCGCGGAACGCUGUCCUUGCUGUGAACCUCGAGAAUCUCAAGAACGAGAAUUGCCCACUUUGGGAGUCAUGCCCAGAAGACGAUAGGGAAACAUUGUUUUCCUUUGCAGUACACGUGUAUUAUGUUUUUGCCAAGUGUUUGGUCUUUCCCCCUUUCCCGACUUUUCUUGAGACAUCAGUGGUCCACAUCAGGUGCUCAGCUUGGGUAGCCUCAGCUGCAAUACUUGCAGCCCAACGCAGUAUUUACAUGUUCUAAUUUAGGCAGGUCCUUGGUGUUGGGCUGCUUCUCUCGUCUCGUCUCGCCUGAGAAAGCCAGCAAAAUGCUUUCAAGCGCUUUAGAUAAGCAGCUCCUCCUAAUGAGUUCAGAUGAAGAUUUGUCUUGGCACCUGCCUUAUCCACAGGUGCAGAGGGGGGUAUUGUUCACAGGCAGGAAGUUGACUGAGAGAUUAUUUAUAUAGCCCCGUAGGACCCUGGGAUUUUAAGUCUUGGGUGCAAAAGUAUUUUGGCCCAGCACAAACUUAGAGCUGGACCACAGCGGCUUCAGCUGUAUACUGGCUGGUGGAGACCAGAGGAGCACGGCUCGUCUCCAGGCCGUCAGCUUCACAAACAUCUUCCGAACUGGACUGUCGCUUCCCCCCACGGCUCUUCCCCAGCACUCCCUCACGAUUCCUGUCUCUCUGCCCGAGCCGAGAUCUUGCGGUUGCAGGUUUACAUUCAGGGUACAUGUAACACCACAGGCUGUGCUGAAGUAGUGAAUAGAUUCGUGGGGAUUCAGCUCCCACCAAAGAACUCUCAUGCUGGAUUCUGUCCCCUCCCGUCUUAUUUUUGGUGGUUUACAAUCAAGGUCUCUAUUGGAGUUUGCUUUGAUUUUGUCGUCUGCCUUGCGUUUGUGUGAACAGGGGACUAUUUUGGCCAUUGUGAUGACUUCUCGGCACGACGGCCAUUUUUUAAGGGAUUGUUUCUUGUGGGGAAAGGGGCGAUGAUGGUACCUGAGCACUUACACCAGAGGUAUGAAUGGGGGAAGGACAUGCUGCCACACAGAUCAUAAAGAUCGUUGUGGCACACAGAAAAGGCAGCUCGCUUUGUCUCUGGCAGCUUGAGAAGAGCAUGUGAGUGGGUUGCGUUUGUUGCUUUUUUGUUUCUUGCCUGUUCAUGUGGGAUUGUCUUUGUGUAGAACACGAGCCAUGAGUUUGUAAGACCAGUGAUUUUUCUCCAAGCUCUCUUUGAUACAGGCAGAACUUCUCAAUGCUGGAAAUACCUCUCUGAUGUGCUAAGCUGCUUGGAGUCUGUCUGGAAUAUUGUUUCACUCUGGUUGCCCUAGUCUUUUAUGAAGAAAUGUAUUGUAUGCUUUAUUAAAAACUAUCUGAUUCAAGGA